UUUCAUGUCAACUCUUCUAUGUUUCUUUUAACAGACGUCGGUUGCUGGAGCUAUAAAGUCGGCAGGAAGCUCGGGGAAGGAGGAUUUGGAAGCGUUUACGCCGGGACUCGCUUGAAGGAUGGCCUCAAGGUGGCGCUGAAAUUCGCUGAUACCGAGGGUAUUGAGUGGAUCAACAUUGAGGAUAAUCCUGAACCCGUUCCUCUGGAGAUCGGUCUGCAAAUUCUCGCCAACAAAGGCCCCAGGGUUCCCCAGAUCAUCCAGCUUCUGGACUGGGACGAAGAGCCAAAUCGGUACAUCAUGGUUCUGGAGUUCCCUAGACCCUGUGAGAGCCUGAUCGAAUAUCUGGACCGGCACGACUACUACAUCGACGAGAACGUGGCAAAGGUCAUCAUGCAUCAGGCAGCAGUCGCGGCUCAAACAUGCUGCCAACGUGGAGUGUUGCAUCGCGACAUAAAACUGGAAAACCUCCUGAUCAACCCGGAGACGCUGGAUGUCAAGUUGAUUGACUUUGGAUGCGGAGAAAUCCUGACCGAUGCGGGAUACACGUCCUUUGCUGGCACCGAAGAGUACUGCCCCCCUGAAUAUGAAUCAUACGGCUUUUAUCACGGCAAACCAGCGACAGUGUGGUCACUCGGGGUCCUGAUGUUUACACUGGCGUGUGGAGAAUUUCCAUCUUCAGAAGACUUGGAUAUGCUAAAUGACAACAUCUGGACAAGAGAUGGCGUAUCACAAGAAUGCUGCAAAUUACUUUGCUCUCUCCUGCAAAGGAACCCAGCGAAGCGGCUUGAUUUGGAUGUUGUCUGUCUCCACAAGUGGUUUAAGUACUUCGAAUAUAGAUUUUAUGAAGAAAGAUCUGAAGACCUUCUACAGAAAGACUUGCCACCCGCUGUUCAGGAUUUUUUAAAACUCUUUAUAAAUAAACAAUAGAUUUGACUUUUAAACAACUACAUUGUCCACAGAAAAUCUAUAAAAACUUAAUUUCGUGUCAAAAUAUUGUGAUCAAAAAAUUUCAUAGACUUUCUCCUUUGAACGUUACUAUUAAUAAUUGCGUCAUGAGCAA